CCGCCCGACUCCACAGCCUCGUUGCCGCCGGAGCCAGCUCUAUCAGGCCUGGACGCCGGGGCUGAGAGCGGGCGCGGCCAUGGACUUCUCUAAGUUCCUGGCGGAAGACUUCGACGUGAAGGAGUGGAUCAACGCGGCCUUCAGGACCGGCUCCAAGGAGGCGGCGGCCGGGAAGGCAGACGGCCACGCGGCCACCCUGGUGAUGAAGCUGCAGCUGUUCAUCCAGGAGGUGAACCACGCCGUGGAGGAAACAAGUCACCAGGCUCUUCAGAACAUGCCCAAAGUGCUCCGCGAUGUCGAAGCCCUGAAACAGGAAGCAUCUUUUCUGAAAGAACAGAUGAUUCUUGUCAAGGAGGACAUUAAAAAAUUUGAACAGGAUACAUCUCAGUCGAUGCAGGUAUUGGUAGAAAUCGACCAGGUGAAGUCCAGAAUGCAGCUCGCGGCCGAGUCCCUUCAGGAAGCGGACAAGUGGAGCACAUUGAGUGCCGACAUCGAGGAGACCUUCAAGACUCAGGACAUAGCUGUGAUUUCUGCCAAGCUGACCGGUAUGCAGAACAGCUUAAUGAUGCUUGUUGAUACGCCAGACUACUCAGAAAAAUGUGUGCAUCUGGAGGCGCUGAAGAACAGGCUGGAGGCCUUGGCCUCGCCGCAGAUUGUCGCGGCCUUCACCUCCCCGUCUGUAGAUCAGUCCAGAGUGUUUGUGAAGGUGUUCACUGAAAUCGACCGGAUGCCCCAGCUGCUUGCCUACUACUACAAAUGCCACAAGGCGCAGCUCUUAGCGACCUGGCAAGAACUGUGCCACAGUGACCUCCCCCUGGACCGGCAGCUCACAGGGUUCUACGAUGCCUUGCUCGGGGCCUGGCACACGCAAAUCCAGUGGGCAACGCAGGUUUUCAAGAACCCCCACGAGGUGGUGACCGUGCUGCUGAUUCAGACUCUGGGGGCCUUGCUGCCCACUCUGCCCGACUGCCUCAGCUCCAGCCUGGAGAGGGCAGGGCCUGAGCUGGAGCUUCUCAAGCUGCUGGAGUUCUAUGACGCCACCGCCCACUUUGCCAAGGGAUUGGAGAUGGCGCAGCUCCCCCACCCACAUGAGUACAACCUGGUGAAAGUCACGGAACUGGUGGAGGCUGUGUAUGGUCCAUACAAACCCUACCAGCUGAAGUACGGCGACCUGGAAGAGAAGAGCGUCCUCAUCCAGAUCAGCGCGGUGCCCUUGGAACACGGGGAGGUCAUUGACUGCGUGCAGGAGCUGAGCCACUCCGUGAACAAGCUCUUUGGCCUGGCUUCUGCCGCCGUCGACAGAUGUGUCAGAUUCACCAACGGCCUGGGGACCUGCGGCCUGCUGGCAGCACUGAAAUCCCUCUUUGCCAAGUACGUGUCUGAUUUCACCAGCACUCUCCAGUCAAUACGAAAGAAGUGUAAGCUCGAUGAUAUUCCUCCCAACUCACUUUUUCAAGAAGAUUGGACAGCUUUUCAGAAUUCCAUCAGGAUAAUAGCCACCUGUGGUGAGCUCUUGCGGCAAUGUGGGGACUUCGAGCAGCAGCUAGCAAACAGGAUUUUGUCUACAGCUGGCAAGUAUCUCUCUGACUCCUACAGCCCUCGGAGCCUGGCCGGGUUUCAGGAUAGCAUCUUGACAGACAAGAAGAGCUCUGCCAAGAACCCAUGGCAAGAAUAUAAUUACCUCCAGAAGGAUAACCGGGCUGAAUAUGCCAGUUUAAUGGAAAUACUGUAUACCCUCAAGGAGAAAGGGUCCAGUAACUACAACCUGCUGUCUGCGUCUCGCACGGCCCUGACUCGUCUUAACCAGCAGGCCCACCAGCUGGCUUUCGAUUCCGUGUUCCUGCGCAUCAAACAGCAGCUGCUACUCGUUUCCAAGAUGGACAGCUGGAACACAGCAGGCAUUGGUGAGACCUUGACCGACGACCUGCCCACCUUCAGUCUCACACCUCUGGAGUACAUCAGCAAUAUCGGGCAGUACAUCAUGUCCCUCCCCCUGAAUCUUGAGCCUUUUGUGACUCAGGAGGACUCUGCCUUGGAGCUGGCCCUGCAUGCUGGGAAACUGCCCUUUCCUCCUGAGCAAGGGGACGAACUGCCUGAGCUGGACAACAUGGCCGACAACUGGCUGGGCUCCGUCGCCAGAGCCACGAUGCAGACCUACUGUGACGCGAUCCUGCAGAUCCCCGAGCUGACCCCGCACUCCACCAAGCAGCUGGCCACUGACAUCGACUACCUGAUCAACGUGAUGGACGCCCUGGGCCUGCAGCCGUCGCGUACCCUUCAGAACAUCGUGACCCUCCUGAAGAUCAAACCCGAGGAUUACAGGCAGGUCAGCAAAGGCCUGCCCCGUCGCCUGGCCGCCGCAGUGGCUACCAUGCGGAAUGUGGACUACUGACUGCCCCCCAACCCCCCAGCCUGGUUGAGAAGAGGCCCAGGGCUGGGGUUCCAGGAUCACAACAGCUCUCCAGAAUGGAUUUAUUCAAAACUUCUGCCUGGGUUUGGGCAGGAUUCAUUUCAAAAAGACUUGUUUUGUUUGCAUAA